CCGACGAACGAGAACGCAGCGCAAAGGCGCGGCGAUCGGCGCGACCCAAAAACACCAUGAAUGAGGCUGCCCUUAACGCGCGACCAUGACGACGACACCUUUCCGACUGCUGGCGCUCUGCCUCUCCACAGUGGCAGCAAGCCGACCGCGCGACGACGCCGCCACGGCGACCUGCCUCGCCGACCCAUCCGCAACAUGCGACCUCAAGACGCCGUGCGCGGCCGGGUCCUUCACGCGCAACUGUCUCGACACUUGGGUCCCCUUCCGCACCGCCCACGACCGCGUGACCUGUUGCCUGGACUGCUGCCUCCAGUUCUUUGUGAAAAAGUACGGCUUGGACGCGAACGCGGCACGGGCCCAGAGGGUCGUGCCCGAGCUGGCUUCCCAAAAAGCUUCGAAGUACUCGCUGCUCGUCGCCCACAACCACGAGGGCACGCUCCCCUACGCCUCGCGACGCCUCACGAAGCGCCAGAACGCCUGGCUGGGGAAGCACACGAAGGCUCUCGGGCCCGAAUUGUCGCUGCGAUGCCGCGGGCCCGCGUGUGCGGCCGACGACCGCCACGACACCGUAUCAAGACUGUGGAGCGAGCGGCGCACGGGCACGCCCGCCUCCCCUGAAAGUGGCAAGGGGCUGGAGCCCGGCCCCGUCGGCGACUUCGCGCCGGGCUGGGUCGAGAUGCACUUCGGGGACGGCUGCGGCGCGCACUCCCCUCAAUCGCCCUUCGGGGCCUACCGCGAAGUGACCUUAGCCGCGCUCUGGCGGGCAGCUAGAUUGGGGACCAUGGACAAGGCGCGGCUGGCCUUGGUGACGUCGACGGACUGCGACCUCCCGCGCGCGGACGUUUCCAAGAGACGCCACCGCGGCUUCGUGGAUGAACGGAGUUUGUUGGAGGCGCCCGGCGUCGCGGCGUGGUUCGCGACGAACCCCAACGACCAUUUGCUGGGGGCGCAUCCCAAGCUCAAGGCCGUGCCGUUGGGGGUCCAACAUCGGGGCAAGUGGUCCUCGUUACUUGAUGGUAGAGAAGCCCGGAACCGCACGAACCUAUUAGCGUGCUGCUGCCUCAGCUCGCACCCCGUGCCGUCUCAAUCCGAAGCGCCGGGCGCGCCCAAGCCCCACGCCUCGUUUAAAACGCUCGACGACCCUUUGAGAAGCGAGUUCGAGGACCAAUCAAAAAUGUUGAGUGCGGAGGGCUUAUCCUUUAAAUACGCGCGCGAGGGCUGGGUCGGCUCCGUCUACGGACGCAUACGGCGGUACGCAGUCGUCGAAGCUUUGCGCAAGAACGGGUUUGGGACGUGCUCGCACCGCGGGCCGCCCGGGACAUCGCGGAGGCCCGACCAGACGACGCCGCUCGAUAAAUUCGCGGCCCAUUUGCUGGAGAGCGACUUCGCGGUGUCGCCGCAGGGCAUCGGGCGCGCGUGCCACCGCGAGUGGGAGGCGCUGUCCGCGGGUGCCAUUCCGCUCGUGGACUGGGACGCGUCGCCGGCCAUGGCCGAGCUGUAUUCCGGCCUGCCCGUCGUCCGCGUCAAGGACUGGCGGGAGGUGUCGCCGGCCUUUUUGAAGGAGGAGCUCCGGCGCGUGCGGGACGCGGGCCGCGCGGUGGACAUGAAGAAGCUGUAUAUGCCCUACUGGGUGGCGCGGUUCACGGACCACGUCGAUUCUUCCUAAGUUGUUGUGUG